AUGGAAGGACUGGAGAUGUCUGCGAUGAUACCGGCUCUUCAGGAGCUAGCGAGUGCCAGCGCGGCUGAGUACGAGCAGGCGGUGCAGAAGCCUCGACAGAUCCUGUGUCAGUUCAUUGACCGGAUACUGACGGAUGUGGAUGUCGUUGCUCUUGGGCUGAAUAAGAAAUCCAGUUCAGAGCCGGCCUGUGUGAUGCUGCUGGACUUUGUGCAGCAUAUAAUCAAAUCCUCAUCUCUGAUGUUCGCCAACCCUGCCUGCCAGCCCGCCGAGUACCCGGACGCCACACAGAGCUCUACUGACUUCAGUAAGUGGGUGGCAGUGCGUUUGCUUCGUGUGGCAGCCGCUCCAGACUGCGAUGUCAUCCACGGCCGGGUCUCUGCCGUUUUGUGCUCUUUGCUUCACACCCUGAGAGCCAGGGCACCGUUCAUCUGCAGUCGCCUCACUCAGGACCUCAUUUUUUUGGCCCAGGACCUCAGCUGCAUCCUGUACGCUCAUAUCGCCACGCUGGCAGGACAGGGACACGUGUUGGGCAUUCACACGCAGAGCCGAUGGCCUUUAACACUCGAGUGCUUCAGCAUCACCCCCGUUUGUGCCACCUCGUACCUCACCCCAUCUCCCCUUAUUCUCUCCUUGCCUGCUGCCCUGGAGUCGCUGUCUGCCGUGACGAUCGGGGUCGUAACUGACGCCCUGAGGGGAGUCGUGUCCCGUCAUGACGUCAGCGCGGCCUGGGAGACGGCUUGCUCCUUCCUGGCCAACGGCAACACCAGGCUGAGGAAGAUCUCCAUGGUGAUGCUGAGGCGACUGGUGGAGCUGGGAGGUUUUCCUGAGACACAGGGCCAUGAGUUCUUUACGGCCUACCUUCAGUUGCUGGAAACACACUCCUACACACACACAGCAAUCACACACUUGAAUGAGAAACCCCCCUAUGAAGGGGAGCUGCUAAACCUGACCCGCUGUGUGUUUCAGUCGUCUGGUGUCUCUCCCUCGCACUUUGAGCCCAUCUAUCUCUCGCAGAUGUUCGAGUGCGUCUGUACUCUUGGAGGAGCAGGCGUCAAGUUGGGGACAGAGGUUACUGAAUCGCUCUGCCUGCUGUUCAGCUUCUUACUGUCUGUUGCCGUAGUGUAUGAAAGCGCUGCAUUGUUAAGAAGGCAGCGAGUCACAGAGAUCUGCAGGACGCUGGCAAACACCGUUGGAACAGAAAACCAAGCUGAAUGUGCGGAGGGAUUUCUCCAAGCCGCACUGAAGGCCGAGACGGCUACGGUGGUGCAGAAGUCAGGAGAUGGAGAGACUGCUGCCAAGAAAUCCUGCAAAUCGUCCACCAUUUCAGUCAUCAAAACAACAAAAAAAUCAUCAAAUGAGGUGGACAUGCGUGUUCUCAGUGAGGUCUGGGCUGUGGUGAACACUCGGCUGGAGGAGCUGCUGACCUUUUUGAACUCUGAUGCUGACGAACCUGAAACCACACAGAUUCUGUCUGCUCUGGAGGGUCUGGCCCUCAUCCUCCACCUGGCAGCCCUCUGCUCCUCUCCCACCAGUACUUCUCCACUUCUCUGGGUGCCCACUGAGACUCUGGGCAGGGCCCUGAAGAGCUGUCAGUCAGUGUUAGAAGGAGGUGCUCAACCCGUCUCAAACCAGAAAUACUUCCAGUCUGCUAUCCAGACUACAGUUGGAGUACUGGACUCUAUCCUCUACCUGACAAUGAGCAGCCGCAGUGAGGACGGGCUCCAGCGGCGAGUGUGUGCUCUGCUGUCUCUUCCCUGGGUGUGUGAGAACAAGUCCGUCUCAGCCUAUAAGAGUUCAGGAUUCCCCUCCUGGCUUCCCGCCUUGGCUGAUAGACUCAGCUUCUGUUACUCACCUGAGAUCCAGGCAGAUUGUGUGUCGCUGCUGGCCCUUUUGCGUCGUGGUGUGUGUGAGACGUGGCGGGUGUGUUUGUUUUCCAAAACGUUGCAGAAUCCAGAUGAGGUGGUGAGAGCUGCGGCAGUCAGGGCCUUCCCUCUUCUUCUUCACCACCUGGGAAAAGCGCACCACAACCUCAUUGGCACUACUUUGCUAUCCAGGUUGGAGGACGGAUCAGAGCAGGUUAAGACGGAGCUCGCCAGAAUAGUCGGGCAGCUGAGCUGCAUCCAAUCAGAGCUCUCCAAGCUCAGUGAAACCCACACACAGUCCACUCGUCUUCCUGAAAUCCUCUGCCAUCAACUCAGCCUUGCAACAGAGCAUGUUGGGAACAGUUUUCCAUCCUUCAGGGCGAAUGUUGUCAGACCCUUCCUGCCACUGCUCAGACGGCAAGCUCCAAGUAGUGUUAAACAAGCUUUCCUAGAAGCUCUGCCUCACCUCUGCCAGCAUGUGAACCUGGCUGGGGGAGACAGCGACUCUCUGGCAGUUCUCGGUGCUUUGAUUGGUCUAAUGGAAGACUCUGAUCCGGUGGUCAGAAUACGCUUCAGCCAAUCAGUGCGUUUCCUGCUAACAGAGACCUCCAGAAACUCCGAGCAGGGCUCUCUGAGUGAGCUCCUGGUUGCCCGUCUUAAAGAGGCAUUCAACAACGCUAAACUCAACAGAGAUGACGACCUGCGCAACACGCUCAUCCUCACCACUGGAGAGAUUGGCAGAGCGUCUCAGGGCAGUUUGGUGUCGUUCUCUCUGCUGCGGCUGCUCCACUGUCUGCUGUCCAAGUCGUCCCCGGUGUCUGUAGCUGCUUACGCUCAGAUCAGAGCCCUGGCCACUGCCAAAGGUCUUAAACUUCAGACCCUCUUCAGUCAGUACAAGAACCCUAUUUGCCAGUUCCUGGUGGAGUCGCUGCAUUCACGUCAUGCGUCAGCCUUGCGGAGCACUCCGGAUCAGGGCAGCGAAUCAGCCAAUCAGAGAGAGCUGGCCCUGGACAUCCUGGCUCAGAUCGCACAUGCUUUUGAUUUCCCAGACCUCCACCGCUUCCUCACUAGGACCCUCCAGGUGCUCCUGCCCUACCUGGCAGCCAAGGCGAGCUCCACUGGCUCUGCCCUUAUCCGUACCUUGGCCAAUGAGCUGAAGGCAAACAGAAGAGAGAUCCUGAUCAACAAUUUCAAAUACAUCUUCAGCCAUCUGGUCUGUUCCUGCACAAAGGAGGAGCUAGAGAGGGCUUUCCACUACCUGCAGAGUGAGACAGAGAUUGAGCUGGGCUCUCUUCUAAGGCAAGACUUCCAGGGUCUUCACAAUGAACUGCUGCUGCGCCUGGGAGAACACUACCAACAGGUGUUCAAUGGUCUGGCCAUCCUGGCAUCCUUUGCAUCCAAUGAUGACCCGUACCAGGGUCCUCGAGACAUCACCACCCCAGAACGCAUGGCGGACUACCUGCAGCCAAAGCUGCUGGGAAUACUUGCCUUCUUCAACAUGCAGCUGCUCAGCUCCAGCGCAGGAGAGAAGGAUCGCAAGAAGCUGGCAUUGACAAGUGUAAUGGCUCUAAUGAGACUGAUGGGCUCCAAACACAUCAGCUCUGUCAGAGUGAAAAUGAUGACGACUCUCCGCACGGGCCUCCGAUACAGAGAGGACUUCCCUCUGCUCUGCUGCCAGACGUGGGAGUGUUUUGUGAGGAGCGUGGAGACGACACACUUGGGCCCUCUACUGAGUCAUGUUAUUGUCGCACUCCUUCCCCUGAUCCCACUGCAGCCCAAAGAAACCGCUGCUAUUAUCCGCUUCCUGAUACUGGACAACAGGGAAGAAGUCAACGACUACCUCCAUGAGAUUUACUUUCUACCGGACCACCCUGAGCUGAAAGACAUCCACACUGUUCUGCAGAACUACAAGAAGCUGACAGCCAGCAGCAGUGAUUUGGUCGCAGCACUGCAGCUUUCCAUGAGGGCCGUUCAACAUGAAAACGUUGACGUCAGGAUCCAUGCACUGACUAGCCUCAGGGACAUGAUGCACAGCAAGCAGGAGUGGCUGCUGCGGCAGGUGUGUGCGAGUGAGGCGGUGGAGCCGGUCAUCUCCAGCCUGGUGUCAGUGCUGCUAAAGGGCUGCCAGGACUCGUCCCCGGAGGCCAGGCUCCUCUGUGGGGAGUGUCUGGGGGAACUGGGGGCCGUGGAUCCUGGACGUCUGGACCUGUCGCACACACACACCCAUGGGGACCGCAACACCUUUGUGAGUGGGGUUGAUGAUCCCAACUUUGCCUACGACCUGCUGACCGAACUGACCAGAACGUUUCUGGCGUAUGCCGAUGACGUGAGAGCACAGGACUCCGCUGCUUAUGCAAUACAGGAGCUGCUAUCCAUCUUUGAGUGUCGCGAGGGUCGAACCGACUCACCAGGGCGCCGUCUGUGGAGGAGAUUCCCAGAGCAGAUUCAAGAAAUACUGGAACCACACCUCAACAGCAGAUAUAAGAGCAGUCAAAAGGAGGUUAACUGGUCUAAACUGAAGAAGCCAGUGUACUUGAGUAAGAGAGGCAGCAAAUUCUCUGAUUGGUCAGCCACCUGGGCCGGAUACCUUAUCAGCAAGGUGAGACAUGAGCUGGCCAGCAGAGUGUUCACCUGCUGUAGUUUCAUUAUUAAACACGACUACAAGGUGACGAUCUACCUGCUUCCUCACAUUCUUCUCUACAUGCUGCUGGGCUGCACACCUGCAGAGCAACGGGAGGUAACGGAGGAGAUGCUGGCUGUGCUGACCGAGGGUGAUGGACGAGGAGUAAGCUGUUGUCAGGAGACUGCCUCCAGCCUAUCACAGCUCAGCAUACAGACUGUGUUCAGCAUGUUGUCUCACCUCACACAGUGGAGCCGCCACAUCCUCUACUCCAAACCCAGACAAAGUGAGAGUGGGGAGUAUCAGCGUGUGGUGGCCUUCCUGAAGGGUAUUCCACAAGACGUUCUGGCCAAGGCCUCUCUGCGAUCCAAAGCGUACACUCGUGCCCUCAUGCACUUUGAAGCAUACAUCAUAGAAAACAAAGAGAACAUCCAGGACCAUCUCACCUUCCUGCAGACACUAUACGCUGCAAUGCAUGAGCCUGAUGGGGUGAGGGGGGUCAACGCCCUGAGGAGGGAGGAGCCGUCGCUACGGGAACAGAUACUGGAGCACGAGAGCAUCGGCCUGCUCCGAGAUGCAACCGCCUGCUACGACCGGGCCAUACAGCUGGAGUCAGACCAGAUUGGCCAUUAUCACGGGGUGAUGACCUCUAUGCUCGGCCUGGGACAGCUGUCAACAGUCAUCACUCAGGUCAAUGGAGUACUGGCCAGCAAACACCAGUGGAAGUCAGAGUUAAACACCUACAGAGUGGAGGCAGCCUGGAAGCUUGGACAAUGGGACCUGCUGGAAGAUUAUUUGAGUUCAGACCGACAGUCCAGUACCUGGGGUGUGCGGCUCGGCCAGUUACUGCUCUCGGCUAAAAAGCAGGAUGCCGAGACUUUCUACAAGAGGCUGAAGCUUGUGAGGAAGGAACAGGUCGUCCCUCUGUCUGCAGCCAGUUAUGAGUGUGGAACCUACCAGAGAGGAUAUGAGUACAUCGUCAGGCUCCACAUGCUCAGCGAGUUGGAGCACACUUUUACUGAACUGCAGAAUCAGAGGGAAUGUUCCACCCCCAGCCUCAGCCAGCAGCCUCCUCAUUGGUCGGAUCGACUGGAGAUGACCCAGAAUUCUUUCAGGGCCAAGGAACCAAUCCUGGCCCUCCGUCGUGCCCUGUUCAGCCUGGGACCACAGCCUACUAGCAAGGAGCUGGUAGGGGAGUGCUGGCUCCAAAGUGCCCGGGUGGCCAGAAAGGCAGGACACCACCAGACUGCCUUCAAUGCACUACUGAACGCUGAGAACGCACACCUGGCCGAGCUCGUCACCGAAAAGGCCAAGUGGCUUUGGUCUAAGGGUGACGUCCACCAGGCCCUGAUCGUCCUGCAGAAGGGCGUGGCCCAGUGUUUCCCCGAUGACCAGCUAGUGACGGACCCUCGCAGUCUGCAGACCAAAGGCAAAGCCAUGCUGCUGGUGGGACGCUUCAUGGAGGAGACUGCUAACUUCGAGUCCAAUGCCAUCAUGAAGGCAUACAAGGAUGUAACUAACCUUCUUCCUGAGUGGGAGGAUGGAAACUUCUACCUGGCCAAGUACUAUGACAAAGUGAUGCCAAUGGUAACUGACAACAAGCUGGAGAAACAGGGGAACCUCAUCAGAUAUAUUGUCACGUAUUUUGGAAAAGCCUUGCAGUUUGGAAACCAGUACAUCUACCAGGCUAUGCCUCGCAUGCUGUCUCUAUGGCUGGAUUUUGGAGCCAAAGUGUGUGAGUGUGAGAAAGCCGGGCGACCGGACAGACAGAUGCGUCAGGAACUGGGGAAAAUCAACACUGCGGUGAGCGAGCACUGUGCCAACUUGGCACCGUACCAGUUCCUGACUGCCUUCUCCCAGCUCAUCUCCAGGGUGUGUCACUCCAGCGACGAGGUCUUCAAUGUCCUCAUGACCAUAGUGGCCAAAGUCUUCUUGGCGUACCCCCAACAGGCUAUGUGGCUAAUGACUGCUGUCUCCAAGUCCUCCUACCCCAUGCGUAUGAACCGGUGUAAUCAGAUCCUUAAGAAAGCCAUCAGUCUCAAACAGUCACUAGAGAAAUUCAUUGGAGAUGCCAACAGACUGACUGACAAGCUACUGGAGCUCUGCAACAAGCCGGUCGAUGGUAACAGCACCACACUCAGCAUGAGCGUUCACUUCAAGCAGCUCAAACGCCUGGUGGAGGAGCCGACCUUCAGCCAGAUUCUGAUCCCGCUGCAGUCGGUCCUCAUCCCUACGCUGCCCUCUACUGGUGGUGCAAACACACAGCACGAUGCCUUCCCCGGACACUGGGCUUACCUGGACGGCUUUGAAGACAUUGUGGAGAUUUUGGCAUCCUUACAGAAGCCGAAGAAGAUAAGUCUAAAAGGUUCAGAUGGGCGCAGCUACACCAUGAUGUGUAAACCUAAAGAUGACCUGAGGAAGGACUGCAGACUCAUGGAGUUCAACUGCCUCAUCAACAAGUGCCUCCGCAAAGAUGCUGAGUCAAGGCGAAGGGAGCUACAUAUCCGAACCUACGCUGUGAUUCCCCUCAACGAGGAGUGCGGCAUCAUCGAAUGGGUCAACAACACCGCCGGACUGCGACACAUUCUCACCAAGCUGUAUAAGGAGAGAGGCGUCUACCUGUCAGGUAAAGAGCUCAGAAAGCUUAUUCUACCAAAGACGGCUCCCUUUGAGGAGAAGCUACGAAUCCACAAGGAGGUGCUGUGUGCUCGACACCCCCCUGUCUUCCACGAGUGGUUCCUCCGGACCUUCGCUGACCCCACAUCAUGGUACAGCAGCCGCUCUGCGUACUGCCGCUCCACUGCUGUUAUGUCCAUGGUGGGCUACAUCCUGGGUCUGGGAGAUCGCCACGGAGAAAACAUCCUGUUUGACUCUUUCACUGGGGAAUGUGUUCACGUCGACUUUAACUGCCUCUUCAACAAGGGGGAGACGUUCGACGUGCCUGAGGUGGUUCCCUUCCGUCUGACCCAGAAUAUGGUCCACGCCAUGGGGCCCAUGGGCACCGAGGGUCUCUUCAGACAGGCCUGUGAGGUCACCCUAAGACUAAUGAGAGACCAGAGAGAACCACUCAUGAGUGUGCUCAAGACCUUCCUUCACGACCCGCUGGUGGAGUGGAGCAAACAAGCUAAAGGACUUUCUAAAGCUCAGGCCAACGAGACAGGAGAGAUAGUUAAUGAAAAGGCGAAAACCCAUGUGUGUGACAUCGACCAGCGUCUACAGGGAGUAAUAAAGAGCAGGAAUAAAGUGCUGGGUCUACCUCUGUCUAUAGAGGGACACGUCCACUACCUCAUACAGGAAGCCACAGACGACAAACUGCUCUGUCAGAUGUAUCUGGGCUGGGGGCCCUACCUGUAGCGCACACACCUACAAAUAAAAAAGACAGUAAAGAAUUUUGGAGGAAAUUCAGAGGAUUUUAAGAUGCUUUCCUGUGAUAAAAUACUUCAAAAGUCACCUCAAGUGCCCCGAUUUGCCUGCAGGCAAGUCUAUAUAUGCAGAUAAAGUAGUAAUAACAGGAAUACAUCUCCUGCACCCAUAACUGUUUGUUGAAAAGCUCUUUAUAAUGCAAUUUUUUGUUCUAGCACUUACAUCAUUGUUUAGUUUCCUGUUUUCUGGGAACAAAGGAUAUUUGUUUUGCACGCUGUACAUUCUCUUGUAAUAAAGGAUGUGUUUUGCAGA